GUGCCGAGCGGCCUGCCUGCCUUGCCUGCCUGCCCCUUCUCCGCGUGUCCCGCGUGCCGCCAGCCCGAUCCGCCAGCCCCAGCCGCCAGCACGCGUCGGGAAGUGCCCACCCCCGGCAGCCCCAGAUAAUGCACGCAGGUGCAGACGGUGACCACUCCGCGGCACCAUGACGAAGAAGUUCGAUUUCGACUGGCAGAUCCCCGUGCCGCAGCCGCUGCUGGACGGCUGCGUGUUCGACCGAUGGACGGACGAGGGCGGCAUCGAGGCGGCAUGCAUGUUCAAGGUGGACGAGUUCGGCUUCUUCAUCUACUGGAAGAGCGAGGGCAAGGAUGGGGACGUGAUCGAGCUGUGCCAAGUGAGCGACAUCCGCGCCGGCGGCCUGCCCAAGGAAAUGAAACUGACGGAGAAGCUGCAGGCCAAGCACGGCACCGACCUGGAGGAGAAGUCCCUCACCAUCUGCAGCGGCACGGACUACAUCAACAUCAACUACCAGCACGUCGUGUGCCCCAACAGCGACACGGCCAAGACCUGGCAGGCUGGCUUGCGGAAGAUCACCCAUAACAACAAGAUCAACAACAUUUGCCCACGGACCAGUCUCAUGAAGCAUUGGAUGCGCCUCAAGAUGCUGACGGACGCCAAGGGCCUCGUGCCCGUCAAGGUGAUCGCCAGGACCUUCGCGUCCGGCAAGACGGAGAAGCUGGUGUACCAGUGCCUGGCCGACCUGGAGCUACCCAGCGGCAAGAACGACUCGAUCGAACCGGACGCCUUCACGUUCGACAAGUUCUACACUCUGUACCACAAAAUCUGCCCGCGGAACGACAUCGAGGAGCUGUUCCAGUCCAUCACCCAGGGCAAGUCCGACACCAUCAACAUCACCCAGUUCGUGGACUUCAUGAACGAGAAGCAGAGGGACCCGCGGCUCAACGAGAUCCUGUACCCGCUGUACGACGAGAAGAGAGCCACGCAGAUCAUCGAGACGUACGAGCAGAGCGAGGACGUCAAGAAAGAACGCAAGUUGUCCAAGGAUGGGCUCAUCAGGUACCUCAUGUCGGACGAGAACGCGCCGGUGUUCCUGGACCGCCUGGACAUCUACAUGGACAUGGACCAGCCCAUGGCCCACUACUACAUCAACUCGUCCCACAACACCUACCUGUCCGGGCGCCAGUUCGGUGGCAAAUCUUCGGUCGAGAUGUACCGGCAGACACUGCUGGCGGGGUGCAGGUGCGUGGAGCUGGACUGCUGGGACGGCAAAGGCGAGGACGAGGAGCCCAUCAUCACCCACGGGAAGGCCAUGUGCACCGACAUCCUGUUCAAGGACGUCAUCUACGCCAUCCGCGACUGCGCCUUCGUCACCUCCGAGUACCCCAUCGUCCUGUCCUUCGAGAACCACUGCUGCAAGACGCAGCAGUUCAAGAUGGCCAAGUACUGCGACGAGAUCUUCGGCGACCUGCUGCAGACCGAGCCGCUCCCCGACCACCCGCUGGAGCCGGGCGUGCCGCUGCCGCCGCCCAGCGCGCUCAAGCGCAAGAUCCUGAUCAAGAACAAGCGGCUCAAGAAGGAGGUGGAGCAGCGCGAGCUGGAGCUGUUCCGGCAGGGCCAGCUGGUGCUGGACGACGAGGAGAAGGAGGACGCCUCGGCCCCCGCGGCCCCGCCCCCCGAGGAGAAGAAGGAGGAGGAGGGCGCCCCGGACGCCCCGCCCCCCGUCCAGCACACUGGCUCCACCACCAACGUGCACCCCUGGCUGUCUUCCAUGAUAAACUACGCCCAGCCCGUCAAGUUCUCCGGCUUCGACGUGGCAGAGGAGAAAAACAUCCAUCACAACAUGUCGUCCUUCGCGGAGACAGCCGGCCUGGGCUAUCUCAAGGGCCAGGCCAUCGAGUUCGUCAACUACAACAAGCGGCAGAUGAGCCGCAUCUACCCGAGGGGCACCCGCGCCGACUCCUCCAACUACAUGCCCCAGGUGUUCUGGAACGCGGGCUGCCAGAUGGUGUCCCUCAACUUCCAGACGUCGGACCUGCCCAUGCAGCUGAACCAGGGCAAGUUCGAGUACAACGGCAACUGCGGCUACCUGCUCAAGCCGGACUUCAUGCGGCGCGCGGACCGCAGCUUCGACCCCUUCGCCGAGUCCCCCGUGGACGGCGUCAUCGCGGCGCAGUGCGCCGUGCAGGUGAUCGCCGGCCAGUUCCUGUCGGACAAGAAGGUGGGCACGUACGUGGAGGUGGACAUGUACGGGCUGCCCACCGACACCAUCCGCAAGGAGUUCCGCACGCGCAUGGUGCCCGCCAACGGCCUCAACCCCGUCUACAACGAGGAGCCCUUCUUGUUCAGAAAGGUGGUGCUGCCCGACCUGGCCGUGCUGCGCUUCGGCGUGUUCGACGAGACGGGCAAGCUCCUGGGGCAGCGCAUCUUGCCGCUCGACGGGCUGCAGGCCGGCUACCGCCACAUCUCCCUCCGCACCGAGGCCAACUUCCCCAUGUCCCUGCCCAUGCUGUUCUGUAACGUGGAGCUCAAGAUCUACGUGCCCGACGGCAUGGAAGACUUCAUGGCGGCGCUGUCCGACCCGCGGGCCUUCCUGUCGGCGCAGGAGAAGCGCACGGCGCAGAUGGAGGCCAUGGGCAUCGAGGCCACCGACAUCAACACCAAGGACCUGGUGCCCAGCUCGGGCGCCAUCAAGAAGGGCUCCAAGUCCGGCCAGAAAGGCGGCGCCGCGGCGGGGGGCAAGGCGGAGGAGAAGAAGGAGGAGGAGCUGAAGCUGGAGGCCCUGACGGUGGAGACGCUGCGCGACGAGAAGGGCUUCCAGAAGACGGCCAAGAAGCAGCACAAGGAGCUGGACGCGCUGCACAAGAAGAACGCCAAGGAGCGCCUCUCCGUGCAGAAGGCCCAGUGCGCCGCCAUCGAGAAGCUGGCCAAGGGCAGGAGCAAGGAGGAGUGCAUGUCCGACCCAGUCAUCCGGAAGCUGGUGCAGGAGCAGACGGCCCAGUGGUCCGAGAUGGUGGAGCGGCACCGCAAGGCGGAGUGGCGGGCCAUGCGGCAGCAGGUGGCGGACCAGGAGGAGAUCCUCAAGACGCUGCUCACCACCACCCAGGCUGCGCAGGUCAAGGCCCUGGAAGCCAAGCACGAGAGAGACUUGAAGGAAAUGAACACCCGCCAGGCCAAGAUCUCCGUGGAGACCAUGAAGGAGGUCGCCAACGACAAGACCCUCAAGACGAAGGGUGACAAGGACCGGCGCCUCCGCGAGAAGAAGCAGAACAACACCAAGAAGUUCAUGGAGGAGCGCAAGAUGGCGCAAAUGAAGCAGGGCAAGGACAAGGAGAAGCUUAAGAAGAAGCACGAGAAGGAGACUGAAGCGCUCACCACAGAUGUCCAAAACCUCGUUAAAAUGUACAACAACGAAGAAGCGGAGUACGACCUGGGCUCCAAAGAUGAGUUCUACGCGUAGAUGUCUUUUCGACCGGGAAGCGUCGCACUGUAACGACGACCUGCUUCCACCUGAAGUGGCCUAACUGGUUGGCCUAACUGUCUUAGAAGUGAUGGACACAUUUUGCGUGUGUAAUCCUUCUCCUGUUUUUAUAUUCUUUUUCUAAACGAAAUCAGAAAUUUUCCUUUAGGGAGGUAAAAGUUGUGUCACCCUUAAUUUUUGGUGAAAUAACAUCUCAAUCAUAAUUCUACUUAACACCGGGCUGUGCGAUAUCUCUCCAUGGCGUAUGCACUCUCAGAACGAAGUUUUCAUUGAGAACGAUACGAAAUACGAAAUGAGGUGAUAUUUUUAAAUUGUUUUCAUAUUGUGAUAUUAAUAUAGAAUUAAUUUCUAAGCAUUCCCUCUUCAUACUUAUUUACUUUCCUAGUAGUUGUGGUGUGCUACUUCUGAGCCCCAUCUUUUGCCAGCGGAAUAAUUCUUUGUACUCGAUUUUUCCCCAGUCAACAUUCACUUUGACUUUAGUAACUUACUUAAACGUAGGAUAAUGGUUAUAUCUUGGUCCAAUGUAAAUAUAGGUAGCGUAAGUACCAUCUACUAGCCGUUAUGGAAGUUGUCAAACAUAGAUGGUUAUGCCCAGCCCAUACCGGGGUCUCUCAGUACCUAUGUUAAUUGACAAAGAAUUUUGGAACAAGCCUGAAGUACGGCCACCUUUUCUGCCUUUAAAGAAUGGAGUUUCAAUCAUGAACUCUGCAAAAUUGUUGUGUAGGUUAAAUGUGUGUUAAUGACGCCCAGAUUUGUUGUAGUAAUCGGUGCCCACGUGGCGGAUGCGGGCGUGUGCAGCGUAGCAUUGCAUGCACGUAACACAGACGCUUAGUACACGGUUUUAUUUUUGGUAGGAAGCUUAGGCAGAUGUACUAUUUGUGAUUUAGUAGGCCAAAGAUUUGGAAAAGUAUUGCCUUUAUUGACUGAAAGCGCGUGAUUGGUAGAAAAGAGCUUGCAACGUAGAUAAAGUUCAUCCAAGGGGUCAAUUGAUACCAGCGAGACAAAUUCGUCCAUGGCAUUGUGUCCAAUAUUAUUAUUAACUUUUAAAAACUAAAGACCUCCCAAGCAAGUUUUCACGUAGUGUUUAAUGUGUUGACAGUCGAUCUUUAUUGAUGGCAAAUGUGAUUGUUAAAAGAUAUCGUGCAACACCCGUAUGAGGGGAUUUGCACAGUACCAGCAAAAAGGGAGUUUACGCAUUAAAUUUUUCAGUAAUGCUUGCUGCGCUCUAUCAAAUCAUGUUUUAGAAAAAGCGCAAGUGAAGAAAAUCAUGAGAAUUUCUCAUUUUAAAGUUCAAGUUUAAAGCUACAAUUAUUUCAUACAUUUAUGAUUCCUGAUUCAUUCAUGUAUGAAAGGGUCCAAUAAAUGCAUUCCUAGCUGUUGCCAAACUGAUACAGGAUGGGCGUUCUUUCAUCAAAAGAGAUCUUGCAACUUACUUUUUCUUAAUUUGUGGAAUUUCUUCCGUAACUGAAAGGGCAAUUCUCGUUUCUCCCGAACGCCCUCCUUUAUAAACCACAGGUUUGUGCCAAACCUUCUGCCUUGGAGGAUGGUGCAUACUUAAUAGAUUUAACUUUAAAUUUUAGAAGUUUUAUUAUUGUUCCUAGUUUUCUAUUUAUUAUACCCUUGAGAGUAUUUAUUGUUAGCCAUACUUUGGAAUGGCGUUUAUUUUAAGGUGACUUAUCGUUGAGAUCAGAGCCGUUAUUGAAGACGCGAGUUUGGUGUCUGAUGGACUUUGAUCUUUUUGUUGUUAAUGCAACUUAGAAUCGUCUGUGCCGAAAGAACUAUAGCAACAAAUUUGUGAUGUUUUACUACUGCGUUACUGAAAGAAACAGAACAGUGAGUGGUAAAACUGAAAUUAUUUUCUGGAUUCAACAAGAAGUCGUAUAUCAUCCGAGGGAGCCGUCUUUGUUGCUGAAGUUCGUGGACAGUGGAAUGAUGCACGUUCGCUCAAUCAAAUUCCUUCCAGUUUACGGGGCGUUUAAAAUUGUGUAAUGCCAUCCAACAUAUUAUAAUAUGUACAUCACCCCAUGAAAUGUCUGUGAAUCGGUACCGAGACGGUAGGUGGUUUAGUCGUGAGUACACGGGACCAGAGUGAGAUCGAGUGUUGAUAAGUUGCAAAGAAGACAAGACAGUUAUUGUGCGCGUUGACGGUGGCGUAUAUAUCAUAACCCGAUUUUUUCAGUUUUUUCUUUUGUUGGUAUCGCUUAAUUAGGAUACCGCUAGUAGCUAUGUUAUAAUGUCCUUCAAUUUCAUUGAGAGUUUUCUGUAAACGAGGUUUAUUAUAUCAUGUACUUCUUGUUUAUCGUUGGUGUCAUGAAUAAACAGUUGAAUGAAGACAAAUAAACUGCAA